AUGGCUAUAUCUUUAGUUGUCGUCGUCGGACUACUUGUUCGAGUUGUUGUAGUCGUCGUACUCGAAGUUGUUGUAGUCGUCGUACUCGAAGUUGUUGUGGUCGUAGUUCUCGAAGUCGUUGUGGUUGUAGCACUCGAAGUCGUUGUGGUUGUAGCAUUCGAAGUCGUUGUGGUUGUAGCGGGUGAAGUACUAGUAGUGCUAGGACUAUUAGAGGUGGUCGUUCUCGUUGUCGUGCUACUUAAUAUAGUAGUAGAGCUAGUAGUACUCAAGCUAUUGGUAGACGAAGUCGCAGCACUAGAAGUUGUUGACGUGACGACAGUUGAGCUCGUUGUGGGACUCGAAGUAGUAGUCAAUAUCGUAGAACUAGUAGAACUAGAUAAUGCUACUAUUGAACUAGAAGCAAUAGUUGUGGAAGUUGUAGUACUCGAGCUUACACUAGAGCUCACAGUCGAAGGGGCACUGGAGCUUGUAGAAACACUAGUAGUAGUAAUCGAAGGUACAGCAGCACUGGUAAUUGUAGAUGUGCUGAAGGUGGUAGAUGUGCUGAAGGUGGUAGAUGUGCUGAAGGUGGUAGAUGUGCUGAAGGUAGUAGAUGUGCUGAGGCUGGUGGAUAUACUGGAAGUAGAUGAAGUUACUGAGUUCGAAAUUGCCGACGUAGUUGAGAUUGUGGAUAUUGUGACACUCGAGGCUGUACUCGAACUAGUACUCGAGGAAGCAACAUUGCUUAUAGAAAGCGUCAUACUUGAGGUUGCGAUGGGGCUAGGGGUAGUGGAAGUACUAGAGAGAGACAAAUUCGAGGUGCUCGAAAUUGUAGCAGUACUAGAGGUAGACGAAAUUGAGGUGCUCGAACUUGUGGGAAUACUUGAAAUUGUGGAUACUGCUGAAGUGAUCGAUGCGGAUGAUACGGUCGUGCUUGAAGUUAGAAUAGUGCUGAAAGUUGUCGCAAUACUCGAGCUAGAAGAAAGGCUGGAACUAGUGCUAGAACUAGCAGCACUUAUUCCGCUGGAACUUGUACUUAAGGAAGAAGUGGAAGUUGAGCUAGAAGUCGCGGAAAGACUAGUGCUGGUGUUGAUGUCACUUGUUGCACUUGAACUCGAACUGAACGAAGAGGUGGAAGUAAAGCUCGAAGCCGUCGAAAUCGCGAUGGAAGUCGGAGAGCUCGAGCUGCUUGAGUUGGUGAUCGAUGUACUCGAGCUACUUGCUAGACUCUCACUUGAAGUUGUGGCCGUUGAAGUGAUGAUUGCCGCACUAGUGGUAGUGGAGGUAGUAAGACUAGCCUCCGUGGUGCGCGAAAUGGCCGUACUUGUGCCGGACGUCGUAGGUAGAGUAGAAGUAUUGAGAAUGACAGAACUUAAGGUCGAACUAGUAGCGCUCGAAAUUGUGGAGGAAAUUGAGUUUGUGGAAUCCGUUGUUGCUGUUGUUUGGGCGCCACUACUUGAAAGAGAAACCGUGGUGCUCAGGCUUGUAGAUGUGGUAUCUAGAGAAGUACUAACACUUGGACUUGUCGAAGAGCUUGAACUUGUCGUAGUGCUUGAGGAUAUCUCUAAGCUAGAGCUAGUGGUUUCGGCAGUAGUGGAUAUGAUAAGAGGAGUCGUGGUAGAUGUUAUUGUUGAAGUUAGGCUAGUGCUUGAAGCUGUGGCACUAACCGAGCUUGAGGUCUCGCUUUGGCUUGAGCUACUUAAGCUUGUUGACGUACCCGGACUGGUCGUGAUUGAUGUAGCUACCGAAACCGUGCUGGGGCUAGAGGUCGUGGUCUCGCUUGAAAAAGUGGUAGUGCUAGUAGUAGAGGUCAUCGCAAUAUCGGACCUAACUCCGCUGGUCGACGUCGAGAGAAUCACAGAGGAUGUAGACGAUGCAGUAUUAGUCAAUGUUGAGAGAAUGAGAGACGAUGUAGGCGAUGAAGUACUAGUCAAAAUCGUCGUGCUCGAUAGGAUGGACGUUGUACUUGAAUCUUGUGCGGAAGUUGACAAAGACUCGCCUGACGUUGUAGUAGUCGUUUCAGCAACGCUAGAGCUCGUUGACACUUCGAUGCUCAAAGUCGUGGUAGAUAAUGUCAAUGUGCUCGAUGAACUCGUUAACGUACUCCGAGAGGGCUGA